GCUAAUUGUCAAAAAUCAGCUGUAAACUGUCAAAAUUUAUGGGACAUUUUUGUUUCAAUAAAAUAUUUUAUGUAAUAGUGUGUUAAAAUCAUAAAUUUUGUUUAGAAAAAUGUCCGUAAUAAGACAAAUUUUCCAAGUUUCCAAACAAGCACAACAAUGGUCUCCCGUUUUGUGCCGCGGCAUGUCUUCGAUGCGUGAUGCUCCCGUUAUCGAUGUAAACACCGCUUUGGCUGCCCCCGAGGAAUUGGAACAGAAAAACAAAUUGCAGGGCACUAUUACCGUACCCGUUAAGGUUGAUAUUAGUCCCAUAACCGGUGUGCCCGAGGAACAUAUUAAGGGACGUCGUGUACGCAUCUAUAUGCCACCCAAAAACGCUAUGCAAAGUGGCACCAACAACAUAAGCACCUGGCAAAUUGAUUUUGACAAUCGCGAACGUUGGGAGAAUCCCUUAAUGGGUUGGUGCUCAACUGGCGAUCCCUUGUCCAAUAUGCAUGUCGAUUUUGCUUCCCAAGAAGAAGCCAUUACUUUCUGUGAAAGAAAUGGCUGGCGUUGGUUUGUAGAGGCUGAGGAAAAGCCCAAAAAGGAGCGUGUUAAGAAUUAUGGCGUUAAUUUCUCUUGGAACAAGCGUACCCGUGUAUCCACCAAGUAAAUGGAGGAGAGCUAAGAAUGAAACACUCCAACAGGAUAUCGUUAAGUUCAGCUUAGAAACAAAAUAUGAUUAACGAGAAUAAAUUAGUAAAAAUUCAAGUGAUUUAAAAUUAAUAAAUUGUAGUUUCAAAAUAAUGAAA